AGUCCGAGAAAAUCCUGGUAGAAAAAUCUAAUUGUUGCUAAGCGUUGCUGCUGCAUACAUUUACUGCAUUGAUCGUCGAUAUGGGCAUUGAGUGAAAAUUGCUUUUGACCAAGAUCUGUUGCAAAAUGAUAAUGCAAGAGGAUUUCGUGUUUUGUUUCAUAUUUGUAGGCGUUCGUUGAUAAUCAGGGCAGUAUGCUUGUUGUACUACCAGUAUAAUAGUGAGGGCGGAGCUCAUACCAUAUAUUCGUCUGUAAGCCGAUCAUUUGCAACGCGAGAAUGGAUUAAUAAUUUCUUCUGAAGAUGACAACAGCCAAUGAACAAAAUGCAUCUCCCAACAAAGACUUGAACAAAAAGAAAUAAUGUAGUUGUAACAACCAUCAUGGCUACCGCAACACAGAUAGAAGAAAUCCGAGCCACUCUUCAGAGGGGCCUGGAAAACCUUGCCUUAUCAGGGAACCUCAAGCCGCUUCCUUUGAGGCAGCAGGUAGAGCGUCCCUCCUUAAGGACUAGACCCAUUCCGCCUGUAGGAGCCGAGGAUCCCAUCCACACUGGAGGAAAUCAGAUAAAGCAGCCAAGCAACAAAGUCAAUGGAAACAAUCGAUCAAAUGUGAACGGGUCCUUCAGUGACUCCGACCAUUAUCGUCCUGGCAGCGCAAGGGGGCUGUCCGGUAUCGUGUCAACCCCUUUUGCCAAGACUCAGAACAGUAGCCUGAAUGGUGCAAUACGGCAAUCAUCCCUAAACACCAAGCCUCCGGCUGGGACAAGAGCACGUCCCGGUCGACCCUCAAGUGGAACAAAGCGAAAUCCGCCUGCUAUGAGUGGACGGACUUACCACUCUGCAAACUCUCAAAGCAAGCUCACUGACACCAAGGUGUCAAGCUCUGUUGGCCGAGGGCGACCUUUGCCCCAUCCGCCUUCGACUAUGAGUCCGACUAGGAGGAAGGAGGUGGUGUCAUCUUUGUCAGGGACUGGAAGCGAACAAAGCAAAAAGAGUGGUAAACCUAGAAAGGACAGUCUGUCUGAAGAUGGAGAAGAAUGGUGUGAUGUGGAUGAGAAUGAAGAAGAACAAUUUGAUCCCCUCAUGAGUGAGCGGAUGCCUGGAGAUGGCGCAUCUUAUGAUGACUUUGAUGAGGAUGACGGUCUAGACGGUUUGGAUGACGAUGGAAUGGAUGACGAUGAAUCAGAUACAUACUCCACUUAUAGCAUGUCUUCCACAAAGCGUGGAGGCAGCAGUAAAGGUGGAAGUCUCUCUGCCAUCGAUGACCUCCUCAAGAAGACGAACGGCAUCGACACAUCGAUCCUGGGCUCCAAGUCCAAGAGCGAGCGAGUUCUUGAGUUGCUGACGACGGGAACUGACGAUGCCCAGCCUCCUCUGUCAGCAAGUCUCUUCAGCAAGGUUCCACCAACCAUCAACUUUGUUGGGGAUAACCAAACAGUUGUGUCUUUGCCUUGGGAGCUGAGGAAACUGUUGAAAUGGAGGAUGAGUCCAAUCACACCCCAUGUUGUCAAGAACUGCAUCGCAAGGUCAGGAUUCAGAGCAACAAAGAAGGCAAAUGAGUGGCUUGGCUACUGGGGCAAGCAUAUGAAAGCUUCAGGCUUCAAGUCUAUACGAGAGUACCAAAAAGUGAAUCAUGUACCGGGGUCGUUUCAAAUUGGGCGCAAGGACCGGCUUUGGCGUAACCUGCACCGUAUGCAGCUCCACUACGGCAAGAAGGACUACAACUUUUUUCCGCAGACCUACGUAUUGCCCUUUGACCUCAAGCUACUCAAGAGGGCAUGGGAGGAUGGAGGUCAGAAGCAAAAGUGGAUCCUAAAACCGCCUGCAUCAGCACGAGGUAUUGGCAUUAAGGUCAUUCACAAGUGGAGCCAGAUACCUCGUAGGAGAGCAGUCGUUGUCCAGCGCUAUCUUGCCAAGCCCUACCUGAUCAACGGAAGUAAGUUUGAUCUACGCAUCUAUGUCUACGUCAGUAGCUACGACCCCCUUCGCAUCUACAUCUUUUCCAAUGGUCUUGCCAGAUUUGCUACCAUGAAAUACUCCUCUUCUAUGAAGAGCUUGUCGAACAAGUUCAUGCACCUGACCAACUACAGCAUUAACAAGAAGAACACAGACUUCACUCCUAACUCAGAUAGCACGGCAUGCCAAGGCCACAAAUGGAGUUUGAAAGCAUUGUGGGGCUUUCUGCAGAAGGAUGGUGUUGACACUAAUGCUGUAUGGGAGUCUAUCAAAGAUGUGGUUGUCAAAACAAUAGUGUGUGCUGAGUCUCAGGUGAACAGUAUGAUCAAGGCAAACUGUAAAAGUCGUUUCUCCGUCCAUGAACUCUUUGGUUUUGAUAUAAUGCUGGAUGAGAAUCUACGCCCUUGGAUUCUAGAGGUCAAUAUCUCUCCAAGUCUACAUUCCAACGCGGAGCUUGAUGUUCAGGUCAAAGGUGAAAUGAUCAAGGAUCUCCUCAAUAUGAGCAGCUUUAUGAUCCCCGAUAAGAAUGAUGUUUUCACGUCAGUGCUACCUCCGAAUGGAACGACAAAGGUCGACUACAGCAGCGUGAUCAUGAACAAAAAUCUCUACACCAAUCAUCUAGCCAAGGAUGAACGGGCCAAGCAUGCAUUCUACACACAGAAGCAUAUAGACGAGCAAUGUAAGAUGUCCAUCCUUGACACGCUGACCCCCGAUGACAUCCGGCACCUGGUCCAGACGGAGGAUGAGUUCAGUCGGCGGGGCGGGUUUGAGCGAGCCUUCCCGAGUCCCACCUCCCAGAAGUACCAUCGGUUCUUUGAGGCUCCUCGCUACUACAACAUCCUCCUUGAUGAAUGGGUGAGGAAGUACCAUCGGACACAGGCGAGAGGACUAGCUCUUUUGGAAGAUUAUUGUAUGGAGGGGAUACACCUUGCUACUAACAAGGACGAUAGUCACACUUGGACUCCAAUCUCGAGCGUGAUAGGAACACGGGAGCCACGUAUGUCAAGUGCCCCAUCAUGUAGCUUGCCCAUGCCUGUGCAUCCUUCGUUGCAAAAGAGUUCCUCGGCUCAGUCUCUACCCAAGAUCCGUCGCCGUGGCAGCAAGAUGCGAUCCGUCUCAUCCUCCAGCAGCACCCACUCCCUACCAGGCGGCCGCACCCUGCCACGCCCGCCCCACUCCCAUCGCAUCCCGGAUGGAGGUAGCAGCAACAGCACCACUCCGCCCAGUUGAUGGGGGCAACGCCUGCCCUCCAUGCCCCCGGAACAGAUAGCCUCCCGCCAGUGGAAGCAACCGAAGAAGCUCUCGUCGGCCAGACACACGCCCUCGCUGAGAGCCAGGUACGGGUUCCUGCUGGCCAGCGCCAAGCAGAAUGGACUUCCGCCAGGAGGCAUCCAGCGUAGAUAUCCUCGACGUUUAAAGAGCAUGCCCAAUCUCACCCAGCAACAAGGAAAGUGAAGUCCCAAUGUUUUAAAUCAACUAUCUCUUAUGCAACCUUUCAUUGCUAUCAAUUUCUCUUGUCUUCUUGAAUAUCUUCCUUUGUAGUUGAAAAGAAGUAAAAUCUUUCAAAGCGUUAGCCAUUUGUCGUCAUCAAUGAUUUUUGCUGUCAUAUACUUAAAAAAAAAAUCAAAACUAUCAAUCCAGUAUUGUCUUCGAUGAAUAGUUGUGGCCAGGUUUAUCAUCUCUCUCACAAACCACCCUUAUCUCCUCCUCUCAUUUUGCUCAAAUCAAUGUCGACCUUUGAUAUUGAUCUUAUAUACAUUGUUAUUCUUGUGAUUAUAGUGUUUCUGAUUCAUUUGUAACUAAUUUGUUCUGCAUCAGGGGCCGGAAACAUGAGCCUUGGUGAUUGAUCGUACAGCUGAUUUGCAAAAUUGAUUGCACAUUAACAUUCAAUCCCAUGCUAUACUUCCUGCCCCAUUGCCCAUUUCUUGGGUUCAACAUUCUAUAUGUUAAGAGCCGUGGCUCAUAUUCAAUUCUCUAUAAUGUCAGUAAAAAGCCUUCUUAUCAAACUAUUUUCCAUUGCUUCCAUUUUCUACAAAUGAAAUGCUUCUUAUGUCUUUUUGAGUGAAGCUGAAUGUGAUCACUUGUUAGAUUCAAUUCCUGAUUGUAUCGAGUCUGUAUUGGAAAUGGUACACUUAAAUCAUUAAUUUUGUGACCUCUUUUUUUCUAUUUAUAUGACUCCUGUCAUAUCUCGUCUUUCAUCUUUUACUGUGUAUAUGUUGUAUAUUAUGUUUGAUUGUAUAUGAUUGUAUAUUUAUCUUCUUGAAAGCCAGAUGUCUUGAUAUAUUCUUGAGUUACAAUGAAACAUCAUUUUACAAGACAUUGCAAUUCAAAGUGAUUCAUGUUGCUGAUAAUUGUGACUGUGUUGUAAUGCUUUAUCAUCGUUAGUUGUUUUUCAUGAGAAAUUGUGAAGCAAAGUUACUACCGUUUGCAGCCUGUAGAUUUAGAUUUAUAGGAAAAUGAACUCAGCUGAAGAUCAACUAUAUUCUUCCAUAUAAAUUCUAUUCUACAAUUUUGUUUUAUUAUUUUUCCUUGUUAUGCUCUUGUAUCUUGUGAGAAAUGAAUGUGAGUGAUUUGUGUUGAAAUAUGUCUAUUCUUGAAUUGAAAACCAUUCCAUACAGUGCCUCUAAACAUUACUAUUCCAAACUUCCUGCACCUUGGCUGAAAACGUCUGAUGAAAUAAUAUAUAAUGUAUAAUAUAUAAUUCAUAAAAUAUAACAGGGUUGUAAUUCUAGGAUAAUCCCCUGAAAUAGUCUGCUAUUUUCAUGAGAAAUAAUCUCGACUGUUUUAAUUGGGAUAUUUGUUCGAUGAGAAACAGUGGGGUAAAUCAUUGAUUUGAAAACUCAGGUCGAGAUGACCAAGCUUUAAGUGUAAUUAUUGAAUACUACCGUACUCAAAAUCAUAUUCAAAUUUCUUUUGGGUUAUCAAAUUCCAGUCCUUCCUAAACGUUUGACUUCACAAACAAUUUAUGAAACACAUGCAAAGGGAGUCAGUGAAUUUUUGAUUUGAUAAUCACCUUUAAUCUAUUUGUUGUCACUUCUGAUUUUUCCCUCGCUGAGGUAAAAUUUAUCUGCAAUUAACACAGGAUAUUUACUUAUUUUUAUUCUAGUUGCAUGUACAGGUUCUGGUUGACACUGUUUUAAAUCUUAGAAAUUACUUAUAAUGCAUUUCAUUCCUUUGUUGGACUUAUUCAGUAUUUAAAAAAUCACGCUUUUCAUGUUUUUUUUAUUGGUUUCAGUAUUUCACCUGCAAUUUCCAAUUCAAUGGUAUAUCAUUUAAAUUCAAUUCAUUCUAUAUAUCAGGCCUGUUUCACAGAAAGCUUGUUAUCAAUGCUUGUCAAGCUAUUAGAAUCCUGCAUUUUCAUUGGCCAAGAACUAUUUUGACAUCAAUUUCCAGAAUUCAUAAUAACGAUAUUUAUAGUGGAAUCUUAUAUUGGCUCAUGCCUAUCGGAUAUGACACUCCUGGCCCUUCACAAUUGAUAGCAAGCUUAGUGAAACCGGAUCCCUGGUUAGGUACAUUAUUUUGUGAUAUUGGUAUCCUAUGGUCUAUUCUCUGGGAUGAUUCCUGUAGUUUUUGCAACUUCACGUGGGUACACAGUUGCUGGAUCUGAACAUGGCGAUUAUUGGAGCAACUUUCAGGAUAUAUAUUUUUUUGCAUAGGUAUAGGUUCUGUGAGUUAGAGGUUUGGAUAGUAUAACAUCUUUAUUGCUGGACUAAGGGAUUUUCAUUUUAUCUUGAGACUUAAAGAUACCAUUCAAAUCUCUGAGAUGGGGUUUGUGUUAAUACUGGAUGUGCAUGGUCAUUGUCUUUAUAGUUUGUGUGAAACCGAUGGUUCACACUGAUCAUGAUCCCAUCUAUGAUUUUCUCCUUUCCACUUUUUUCAUUUUAUUUUCAUAUUUUCAUCCAAUCCAUUUUUAAUUUUGCAGAUUGCAGAUUCUUUAUGUGCAUUAUAAUCCAAAAGCAUAUUUUCAUUUCGAAUGGACAGUAUGAUAUUUCUAGUAGUUUGUAAGAUAUAUUUGAAAACUUUUUUCUUUUGUAUGAAUACAAAUCUAUCCCGCCCUUUAAUAUCAUCAUUCUUCCCAUUUGACUGAUCUUUCAUGUUUUAUAUAUCUUUACUCUUCAUGUAUUCAAAUCUUUUCUUCACAACACAUUGGUUUAUUUAAAGGACAAGUCCACCCCAAAAAAAAGUCAUUUUUAAUAAAAAGAGAAAAAUCCAACAAGUAUAACACUUAAAAUUUCAUCAAAAUCAGAUGUAAAAUAAGAAAGUUAUUACGUUUUAAAUUUUUGCUUUAUUUCACAAACAUGAUCGGUAUGCAAAUGAGGAGACUGAUAACGUCAUCCACUCACUAUUUUUUUGUAUUCUGUUAUAUGAAAUAUUCUAAUUUUCUCCUCAUUGUCAAGUGAAACAACAAUUGAUUUUUUCCCUGAACAUGUGGAAUUAGCAUUGUUUAGUACUAAAUGGUUCAGUCAAGUUUGUCGUUAUUGUCAAAUUUGCAAAACAUGAAAUAUUGUAUAAUUCAAACAAUAAAAAACAAAAGAAAUAGUGAGUGAGGGACAUCAUCAACUGUCUCAUUUGCAUGUCACUGGGUUGUGCAUUUAACUGUUUUGUGAAAAAUAAACGAAACUUUAAAAUGUCAUAAUUUUCUUAUUUUACAUCCGAUUUAGAUGAAUAUUUCAGUGUUAUGCCUUUUUUUAUUUUUCUCUAUUUAUUCAAAUCAACAUUUUUCUGGGUUGGACAUGACCUUUAAAGUCCAUGGUAAUUCCCAUUUAUUGCAAAUCCCAGUACAUGUUUAAAUAACCCUUAGUCAUUUUUUGUACUCAUAAAUCCUAACCUUCAUCUCACAGAUGUGAUGCAUUCUCAAAUAUCUUCAAGAAGUCACGAUAUGCAGUCAUGUAACUAUGUCUUCUAGUGAUAGUGCAAACAGCUAAUGAACUUUAUUUGGUUUUGGAAUACUUGUCAAGUGUACAGUUUUGUUUCCAAUACUUGUUAAGGGUAGGGUUUCACACGCCAAGUCUUAUUAACGGGUGCAUUUUCAGAACAUGGCAAAUACGUGUUUAGGGUGCUUUUGAAACCCGUGCAAGGCAUCCACUCGUCAAUGGAAAUGGCCCACCUGGGAACUGUACUGAUUUACUGGUUUGGGAUGACAUGGAAAUCCUAGUUCGCACUGGAUCUUCAGUCUUGUGGGCCUUUGGGUAAUUGAAAAUUGACCGGCAAGCCUAUCAACCCCUGCUUUUCCCAGUUAUUAACAAAAAAAGACGAAAAUAGGCAAUAUUGCUCUUUUGAUGACCCCAUUUCGAUAUUUUUGGUUUUAAAAGUAAAAAGAUCUGAUAUUUAGUAAAUAGACAAUCCAGGAAUGCCCUUUUUUUUAACAUUCCAUUUUUUUCCUCUUGUGUUGCAAAAGUUCAGGGAUUGAUGGAUAAGCUAUGACUGCGCAUGGAUAUUUCCUAUCCUGAUUUCUUGAUAAUUUUUGCGAUUGCAUCUCACUUUUUAUUCCAGUGGCAUAGGUGGCAGGCGGCCUCAAAUUAUAUUUUGGUGUAAAUAUUCCCCUUUUUGGUGUGUGUGUUUAUUUUGGGAGUGUGAGUGUGUAAUCCACACUGAUGGUGGUGGUAAAACAAAAAUUUUAUUUUAUAUUUGCCAAUAAUUAGGUAAUAUCAUUUGAUCUCAUGACGUGUCUUUGAAGGCAUGUUUGAAAUUUCUUUGAUGUAAGGGAUUAUACUUUUGGAAGAAUUUCCUAUUGUAGUUGGGAUUUUUAUUUUUUAUCAUAAUAUGGUUAGUUAAGCUGCAGUUGAUGAUGAAUUAUUCUCUACAGUUCUCUGGUGACAAUUGCUGCUUUGAAGAUAUAUAUGGAGAAAUUUAAACAUUUGUCACAGGAGUGAAUGUCCGGUUACUGUAUUUUAAUAUAAAUCAAGUGCUUAGUAGAUUCUCAUGUGUGUGUUGAGGAUUUCUAGAUAUCUUUGACACAACUGUAAAUUUGAUAGAAUUGUGUAGAAAAU